AUGUUCUCGACACUCGGCCUGUUCGGGGACAUACCCUGUCCACAGGGCCAGCAGUGCUCUCUUCUGACAUGCCUGUUCUCUCAUAAGUCUCUCGAAUUACCCUCAGUGGGGUCAAAUACUUCUCAAGCAGCCACGCCAGCCAUUGACGACAGUGCACGUGCGUCGAAAAGGGUCAAGCGAGAAGCGGCCAGUGAUUCCUCGGUUUCAUCGCAUAAUAAACCUGCCACCGGCAUAGCAAUCAAUGCCUCCACGUCAGAAGUGCCGAACCCCCCUCAAAGUACCAGUCAGGAUGCUCCGAAACUCCAAUCAACUACUCGGGCAGUGACCCCGCCGCCUUCAACGCGCCCAGUGUCAAGGUCUUCCCAGCAGGAGCAUACGAACGCCGUUGCGAGCGCCUCUUCUGAUCGCUCAAUGUCACAGCUCCCACCAAGAAAAGCGCCAAAGGAAAGCCUCAACCCGCGCAUGCUUACCAAGGCACCCGCAAACCACGGCGUUCGGACCGCUAUAUUGAAAAGACUGCACUUGGCCAUGUCAGCGCUGAAUGAGAAACUUGCUAAAGAGAAAGAAAGCACCAAUAAAUGUUUCGUCCUCACUAGAGAUGAGCUUGUGACCAUGGCUCUCGACGAGGAGGAAAAGGUGGCCCGGGAAAGUCCCGGUGUCUAUUCUAAUGUCAUCAAACUUCGGAUCGUAAAAUUGACGAAGUUGGGCCUGGAGGACUGGGCCAAGGAUGUGAUGGCCCACUUGAAUACCCGAUAUUAUCAUGUCAAGCCCAUUCAGGCUCCUCAAGAAGCCCCUAAGCCUCUUGACACCGGCCUUACCACCAAAGAGGAAAUCGCGCUCGCGUCUCAUCUCGUCAUGCCGCUACAUGGCCUCGAACAGUUUGGUUAUGUCACUAAAGCACCCACCGAAGCAGAGGUCAAGACCGCAGAGAAAGGCGUCGCCGAGUCCAAGGGCUGGGAAAAGUGUGAUCGAUGCGGCGGGCGGUUUCAGGUCUUUCCAGGUCGCCGCGAGGACGGCGCAUUGGCCAGCGGUGGCCAAUGUACUUAUCACCCCAGCAGGCCCAUUUAUCCUCCUCGCAAAAAGACAGACCACGUCACCGGCUCAUCUGAUGCAUACUACCCCUGUUGCAGCGAAGCACUGGGCACUUCUUCCGGCUGUACCAAGGCCACUACACAUGUCUUCAAGGUCUCAGAAACCAAACGACUUGCAUCGAUCCUCCAGUUCGGGGAAACCCCGAAACAACCUGAUAAGGGGCCUUUGGAGCCCGUGUGUCUCGACUGCGAAAUGGGAUACACCACGCUGGGUCUGGAGCUGAUCCGGCUUACCGCUGUCAGCUGGCCCGAGGGCCGGGACCUCUUGGAUGUCCUCGUCAAGCCCAUGGGCGAGGUAUUGGACCUCAACUCGCGGUACUCGGGCGUCUUUCCCCAGCACUUUGCCUCCGCUGUGCCCUAUGGCACCCUGACUACCCGCACAGAGGCAUCCACCCAGCCCGAGAAAGAAAAGAACCCCGUCCCGUUGCAGGUAGCUGAGUCGCCUGCUGCAGCGCGAGCCUUGCUCUUCCGACUCCUACAGCCAGAGACGCCCCUGAUUGGCCACGCUAUCGACAACGAUCUCAACGUCUGCCGGGUGAUCCAUCCCACGGUCAUUGACACGGUCCUUCUCUACCCUCAUCCGAAAGGCCGUCUGCCCAACCGCAUGAGUCUCAAAACCCUUGCGCGGAAAUUCCUCGAUCGCGAUAUCCAAACUGGAGGCGAUCGUGGCCACGACUCCAAAGAAGACUCCAUCGCCACGGGCGAUUUGGUGCGGGUCAAGGCUGGCGAAACGUGGAAGGGUCUGAAGAAGAAAGGAUGGCGCAUCGAGGGGGACAAGUUAGUCCCCCCGGUCGGUCACCGUCCAGUAGUGCGAGAGCCUAGUCUUGGUGCUGGACACAAGAGGAAGGGUUAG